UGGGAGGGAUCUUGGAGCAAGCAGGCAGGCCGGAGCCCGAGGAGGAGGAGGAGGAGGAGGCUGGGCCGACCCAGAGCCAGAGCUGGGCCUGGGGGAGGCAAUGGAUCGGAAGAGGUGGGAGUGCUCAGCCCUCCCGCAGGGAUGGAAAAGGGAAGAAGUGACCAGGAAAUCGGGUCUGUCUGCGGGCAAGAGUGAUGUCUAUUAUUAUAGCCCGAGCGGGAAGAAGUUCCGCAGCAAGCCCCAGCUGGCCCGGUACUUGGGAAACUCCAUGGACCUGAGCACGUUUGACUUCCGGACGGGGAAGAUGCUGAUGAGCAAAGUGAACAAAAACCGGCAAAGGAUGCGCUACGACUGCUCCAGCCAAGCCAAGGAUAAACCCGACCUCAACACAGCGCUUCCGGUCAGGCAGACUGCUUCGAUCUUCAAACAGCCAGUCACGAAGAUCACCAACCACCCCAGCAACAAAGUGAAGACAGACCCCCAAAAGGCUGUGGACCAGCCCCGCCAGCUUUUCUGGGAAAAGAAGCUAAGUGGCUUGAAUGCCUUUGAUAUUGCGGAGGAGCUGGUGAAAACCAUGGACCUUCCGAAAGGUUUGCAAGGCGUGGGGCCUGGUUGCACAGACGAGACCCUCCUUUCAGCGAUCGCCAGCGCCCUGCACACGAGCACCAUGCCCAUCACCGGGCAGCUCUCGGCUGCCGUGGAGAAGAACCCAGGAGUAUGGCUGAACACCUCACAGCCCCUCUGCAAAGCCUUUAUGGUGACAGAUGAAGAUAUCCGGAAACAAGAGGAGCUGGUCCAGCAGGUGCGGAAGAGGCUGGAAGAAGCGCUGAUGGCCGACAUGCUUGCACACGUGGAGGAGGUAGCCAAGGAUGGAGAGGCCCCUGCAGCGAAGGUUGGAGGCGGUGAGGCUGGGGAGGAGGAGGAGGAGGCCGACCGAAGCCAGGAUGUGGAGUGCGUAUAGUCCAGGGCAGUGCUCCGGAGGAUUCUAGCCUAGUCCCCGUUCAUCUUGAGGCAAGUGUGUCUUCAGACUGUAUCGCACACCAACUCCAUGGCUCUGUGGUAAACAUGCCUGGUCUCCGCUUGCAGGGAGUCCGAGAACCCAGUAGGUCCCCGGGUAGUGUGAAGAAGGAUUUUAUUAAACUUGUAGUCUUCCCUCUCAACACCCCAUUUUUUUCUUUCUUAAACGUGCCACAGAGCAGGGGAAGGAGGCAGAGGACUGACCCUGGAAACUGCAGGUGUGUCCUUGCAUCUUCUUUCUAGGCCAGUGAUUUGAUUUGAGAAAACAUUGCUGGUGUUGCUUUCAUACUGCCUCUGCACACUGCAAGGUCAUCGUCCCCAAGGUUACAACCAAGGAGAAGGCAUGUAGCCGUCUCCCCUGUCUGUCUGGAGGCACCUGUCCGUGGCCAUAUUUUAAGCUGUAGAUAAUCCAUUCUUCCUGUGAUAUCGUCUCACCUGGCUUUCGGGUUCGUUGGAGGUUCUUUGCCUGGAUCCCCCCCCCCCCUUCAAAUCCAGAGUGGAAGGUGCCUUCCUGGGCAGGCUGGGAUGGGAAGCUGAGCUCCUGAACCAUUUGUUGAUUUGCUCUUUAUUUCUGAGUCCCCUUUUCAAAGGAACUGCAAACUGUAUUGGAGACAGGGAUCUGGCGGGGGUUCAUAUCGAAUGCUCCAAACAUGAGCAGUCUUUCUGUAGAGACUUUCAAGCUGGUUGUAGAUAGACAGGGAUGUUAAACACCAUUUGGAUAAAAUUUUGUAACAGAAAGGAGUUCCAAGAGGGAGAUAGUCUACUUUCUGUGCUGGAAGUUCUCCAGCAUCUGUUUGACCGGGUUCAGUUACGGGGCAGGGGGUGGCCUUGGUUUGUCCUGCAUAUACUUUUUAAAAAGGGAAGAGAAGUUACCAGCUUUGCUGAGGUGCACCUGGAAAUGCCACUAACUGAUGCACUUGGGAGAUGAUGCAGACUUUGCCUUGCUGUGGGCUCCCAGAUGCUGUCUUCCGCCUCUUACACGUGUACACACUGCACCUUCCUAUAUUUUAAUUCUGCCUUGUGGUGAGAUGUACUUCUGGGCUGGUUAGAGAGGAGAAACCCCCAGAGUGUUCCAGCCAGCGUACCUUUGCCGAUUCCAUUUGGUGGCAGAUUCCAAAGUGUGUACAGCACCACUCCAGAGGGGAGCUGUUCCGCCCUGCCUCGCACGGACGGUCCGAUUUGGCUUACUGAGGAAGGGCGGAGAUCGCUUGCAUUUCCUAAAUAAAAGAAAUCGGACAUUUAGGCGUGGCAUCAGGCCCCCAGAUUAAUUUGUUAAAAGGUGGUGAUCUUGCGCAGCCUUCAUUUUAAAUAUUGUUUGACUAGUCAGGUGUAACCCAUAAUUUAAAUCUUGCUUCCAUGGACACACACUCUCACCCUCCUGCACACGGGUUCCUUUUCUCCGUGCUCAGUUACUUGCAUGGAGUUCCUGCCAAGCAGACGAGCCUCAAGACACCUUUACACUUUGUGAGAUGUAAAAGCGCGCCAAGGAGCUUUGCUUUGUGCUGUGAUGUCGCUCUGGCAAAUCUUGUUACUGCUGUGCAACCCUGAAAGACAAAGGGAGGCACCCUUCUGUUUGUUGUCCCCUCCAACUUGGUUGAUCGGAUUCAACAUACUUUUUGCUUCCAUGCUUUACAAAUGAAAGACGAUGUGAUUGUGAUGGUCAGUUUCCAGGAAAUUCCACCAUCCUGUUGUAUGUCUUUUCAAACAGGCAUCCUUUUCUGCCGAUUUGUACUUUCACCUAUAAUGACAUCUUAAGGUAUAACCUUGUUGGGGAAUGUUAGUUUUGUAAUAAAAAAUGUUUUUCAUACA